AAAGGUUUCGUACUUCAGUAGAGUGUUUUCAACCUAGACGAAUUAUUAUGAUAAUCACAUUUAAAAUGUAGACAGUAAAGACUCAACUUUGAUUGGUAAAUACUGAAAAUUUUGUGAUCAAUAGUAAGCCGGUGUACCAGGAUAUUUGUUAGUAUGGCGUUAUUCAUUGGGUGACGUGUAAAUGGUCGGAGGAGAUAAAUCGACGUGACUAUGCUGGCGACUUCGUUUACACUAUCGCUUGUGGUGGCAACAGCGUAUGCUUGCUAUUUAUUUCCUAGUGCUAAUUGAUGUGCAUAUUGUGUCAGACGUGCCGGAUCCCUGUCGAGGAGUUGCGUGCGGUCCUGGAGAGCAGUGUAGACCGUCUUCAGAUGGAAAAUCUUACAAAUGCGAGUGUCCAUCUUCAUGUCCGAGCUAUGGAGAUCACGAAGGUUCUCGGCCUCUUUGCGCCAGCGACGCGCGGGACUAUCCAGGAAUUUGUGAAAUGCGACGGGCUGCUUGCGAAGCAAACACGAAUAUAACUUUCAAGUAUUAUGGAAAAUGCGAUCCUUGUGCGGGUGUAACCUGUCCGGAUCCAGAAGUUUGUCAAUUGGAUGACAGACGCCAGCCUUUAUGUCGUUGUGCCGAACCGUGUUCACUCGAGUUCUCUCCUGUUUGCGCUUCUGAUGGAAAGACUUAUUCAAACGAAUGUCAAAUGCACAGGGAAUCGUGUCGUGCAAGAAAACAAUUAAAAAUUAUAUUUAAAGGACAGUGUAGUUCAGGCGUUAAUCCCUGUGCAGAAGUAGAGUGUCGUCACGGGGCAGAGUGUCGCGUGGAAGGAAGCGGCGCGGUGUGCGCGUGCCCGCCGCCGUGCGAGCCGGUCCUGCGACCAGUGUGUGGGUCGGAUGCGCGCACCCAUGACAGCGAGUGCGAGUUGAGACGAGUUGCGUGUCUUUUGGGGAGAGAAUUGAAGGUUGUUCACGCCGGUGCUUGUGGAUCUAAUGGAGUGUGCGCUGGGCGCGUGUGUCCGCACGGAGGCGAGUGCGUGUCUACGGGCGGGCGGGGCGUUUGUCGCUGUCCGCGGUGUUCUAACGAGUUCGCCCCAGUGUGCGGCUCUGACGGCAUAUCUUAUGGCAAUCGUUGUAAGCUGCAACUCGAGGCCUGUCGGCAUCGCCGGCACGUACAAGUGCUGUACGACGGACCCUGCAACGGAUGUGAAAAUAAGAAAUGUGAGUAUUAUGCAGUCUGUGAAAGUGACGGGGUUUCUGAAGCAAGUUGUGUUUGCCCUAAGCACUGUGAAGAUGGAACUGAGACUGAAGAGAUUUGCGGAAACGAUAAUCAAACUUAUAGUAGUGUUUGUGCACUUCGAGACGUAGCUUGUCGGGAGAAGAAACGACUUCACCUCAAGCAUAUGGGUUCUUGUGAAUCUUGCGGUGGCGUUCAAUGCCCCAACGGCAUGUGGUGCUCACGCGGCAAGUGUACGUGUGCGACCACAUGUGCCGAUGCGCCGCGAGAGCCUGUUUGCGCCGAUUCACACCGCACCUUCCCCAACGAGUGCUCACUGCACAGGGUCGCCUGUGAAGCGCGCAUGCGCGGCGACGCGGUCCCACAAGUGGCCUACUAUGGCGAGUGCACGGAUUCCCACGAUGGUAACCUAACCACUGCAGGUACAAAUAGAUCAGGCAAACUCUUAGACAACGGUAACGAUAUUCGGGUGCUGGACGAGAUGGAGAGCUCCAGCGCCGCCACGGGGACGGCCGUGUGUGCGCGCGUGCAGUGCGCGUACGACGCCACGUGCGCCGUGGACGCGAGUGGACAACCGCGCUGCGCGUGUCUCUUCGACUGCGCGGCCGCCGCGGCGGCUGCGUCUGCGCCCGUGUGUGCGUCUGACAUGCGCAUGUAUCCUACGCUCUGCCACAUGAAAUUGGAAUCGUGUCGUCGGCAAGAAGACUUGAGGCUCCGACCUCUAGCUUUGUGUAGAGGACUGGAGUUUCGGCCCUGUGGAGACGACGAGCCUCUAACGGAUGCCGAGGGUCGUCCAAUGGACUGCGGUGGGGGUCCACAUCGUAAAGACUGUCCGAUUGGCAGCUAUUGUCAUCACACUGCUAAAGCUGCACGUUGCUGCAGAAAAGAUAAAUCGAUCGUAGAAAAAAAAGAUUGUCAAGAAUCUUGGUAUGGUUGUUGUGGAGAUGAUGUUACGCCGGCACGAGGUCCAGGGGGAGCCGGUUGUCCCUCACAGUGUGGGUGUCACAGGCUUGGGUCAGUGGUAGAGCAGUGUGACGAGAGUGGACAAUGUCAGUGCAGGCCUGGCGUGGGUGGCCAGAAGUGUGAUCGGUGUGAACCGGGAUACUGGGGCUUGCCUCGGAUCGGAACUGGACACGCUGGAUGUAUACCAUGCGGUUGCUCGGCCUUUGGGUCAGUGCGUGAGGAUUGCGAACAAAUGACGGGUCGCUGCGUAUGCAAGUCUGGUAUUCAAGGACAGAAGUGUACCGUUUGCUCUAAUCAUGAACACACUCUCGGUCCUAAUGGCUGUUUUGAUCCGGAAUCGACGCAGCUGCCUGCAACAGAAUGCGAUCACAUGACGUGCUAUUUCGGAGCAUACUGCGUUAUACGCAGUGGGCUCGCUACAUGCGAGUGUGGAGCUCCGGAGUGCACGGCUGCCGAAGCUCCUUCCGUCUGUGGCAGCGAUGGUCGGACCUACCUCUCAACCUGUCACCUGCGAGCACACGCGUGUCGGACACAGUCUGAUGUCGUAGUCCAAGCGUUUGGGCCUUGUGGAGAGGAAGCCCCGACCGUUAGGCGAGAGAAAAUACGUAUUACACACAUUAACUCGAGGGAGAACGAAGAGGAAAGUGGUUGUAAUAAAAACCUAUCUAAAAAUAUUCAUUUUGAAAAUGAAUCUGAGGAGGAGCAAUAUAUAACAAAUGAGGUAGAGGAAAAUUAUCCAAUUUAUGAAGAAUACAUCGAAGGCCCUGAAAGCGAAAUAUAUACAGCGCCAUUAUUCGACGGACUCGCUCGUAUGACGGCAAGGACACGAUUGCCCGCUAAACGAUUCGAUAUUUGGGCCGAAGUGUCGGCUGUGUGUGGAAGGGGCGCUUUAAUAAGUGCCUCAGGUGUAAGAGAUUAUUUAUGGCUCGGACUCGUAGAUAACAGAGCUGUUUUGCGGUGGGACGCGGGCAACGGACCUUUAGAAUUACAUUCAGGGAAAGUCAAAGUCGACGUCAAAUCUAAAAUAUCAGCAAGAAGGUACAAAAAAGAUGCAAUGUUAAAAUUGGGAUCAACGACUGCUAGAGGUUCCACGCAUGGCCGGAUGAGCUCGCUUGAUGUGGAUCCUUAUAUUUAUGUCGGCCACCCACCCGGCAACAUUACGAAGUUAUCGGGAACUCACGCACUGCACGGGUUCGUGGGCUGUGUACAUCGCUUACGUGUGAGCGGUCGCGACGUUAUCCCCCCCUCAAGGGGACUGUCCGUCACCGCUCAAGGCCUCCGACCUUGCACUCCGUACAAUCUCGCUCAGAUCGAAUGUCCUUGAAGUUACUGUACACAUUUAACAGAACCGGUUUCAUUAUAAUGUAAUAAAUCUGAAAUUUACAAGAUAUUUUAAUAUUAUUUGAAAAUAAUUCUAAAUGUUAUACGAUAUUUUAAAACAUAUGUGUAAUAUUGUACCAUGUUAAUGUAAUAAUUGUCGAGAUAGUCUGUUGAAAAAAUAAUAAAAGCCUUUAAUCGAUAAAACGUUCUUCAAAAUUAAAGAUAUUUAUUUCUAAAUGUUAAGGUCCCCGGAGGCGAUCAUUUGCAAUUGUUAGCUUUUACGUGAUUAAUAACCACUUCUGAUGCAUUACCAGAUAAUUAUAUUUUUUAUAUUUACAGUCAAUAAAAUGCUUUAAUUUUUAUUAAUAGCCAAUGAGAAUCGUUUUUAAUAUCGAUGGCGUCACUAAACAUGACGGACGUCUGAAUACGAUCUCGACGUACUACGUAGCUUUAGUCUAUGCGUCGUAGAUGUUCUAUGUUAUUAUGUGUUUUUCGUUAUUAUUAAUAUCUUCAGCCUUAUAAGUAGGCGUAAUGGGAACCAUUAUAAACAUUAAAUAAAUAUGCAUUCAUUUCAACGAGAGGAAACGAAAUAGACAAAGCAAAACUUAAUUACUUCAAGAGUUCGUUGUAAAUAUUCAUCACUAAACGAAUAUAUUAGUUUAUCUGUUCCAAUCUGUUCUAAUGCUUGAUUCAUUAAUUUUUUUUAGUACAAUUAUUUACUAAAAUUGCAAUAAUCGCAUUUUAAAUCAUUUUAUUCUGUAAUGCGGCCUUUGCAAUUCAAUUUAGAAGUAGACAGACGUGCGGAAUCGGAUGAGAUAUUUUCAAUCUAAGCUUUAAUCACGUAAACAAAAGGCUAUUUGACUGGUUUUUAAAAUCCCUUUUAUAAUGUUUAGUAGAGGUUAUGGAACCCAGUAAAAGUUGUGUUUUUUAAUUCGUGUACAUAUUUGCUGAAAAAUAUCAAAUUAAAAAUUCAAUGUUUUAAUAGCGCGCGAUAACGCUACUUUGACAAUAUGGCGCUGCAACGGGGUCGGUGACGUCACUUGCCUGUAUUGUAAUCUGUGGCACAUAUAAUCCACAUACAGUAGCAUACGAGGUUAACAAUCUAGUGACGUCAUCAUAAACCCGACCAAUCAGGAUCGUUUUGUGUCACGUGACAAACGUUUAAAAAUAUGCAUUUUUAUUUAUGGAUUUUUGAAUAAAUAAAUUAUUAUUUUAAACUUUCGUUAAUAAAUAACAAUUUUUAAACUCAUAAUAUAUACUGAUUACAAUAAUUGACACUUUAUUUUUCGCAUUGUCAAAUAGCCUAUUACAAUUAUGGUGUAUGAUCGUCUCGGAGUCCACGAAAAAAUAAGUUUUAUAAAAUAAUGUUAAGCAGCAGUAUUAAAUUAUUUUUAUAAAAUAAAGGAAUUGAGAAUUUCCGCGAAGUGUAAAAGCAAAAGGCAUUUCUUAUAAAAAGGUUGCAUUCUCAGAAAUUAACGAGGUAUUAGGUCUCAGAUCGUUUUAGACCUUUUUUGAUUUUUGCCCGUAUUUAUCAUAAAUAUUAAAAUUAUAUAUAUAUAUAUAUAUAUUUGUUUUAAUUCUUUCGAAAAGAUUUAUUUUGAAUCUUUUAAAUAAGAAGCCUAUAGCCGGGCAAAUAUUUGUAUCAUUGGCCCGAUCCGAUCACCGUAUUCGUAUCGCCGGCGCGUAUCAUGAUCGCACGAUAUGCAGCCAUGAUACGCGGUCUCGAUACGCCGCUCUGGCCCGUUUUAGAUAUCGGUUUCGUUGCACAUAAUAAAAUAAUUGAAUAACGAAAAUGUAUUAAAAUUUUACGACGUCUAUUAAGAUAAGCAUGUAUUUUGUUAACCCAGCUACAAAAAACUAUUGUAACAAGAAUCUGAAACAGUAGACCUGAGAGUGCCCACAAUACUGGAUAAUUGAAUUCGCGAUCAUGGUAUGAUACGGAGUAAGAUGAAAGACGUUCACAAUGAGAUACGCAGCUUGAUACGGUACCUACGACGAAUGAUACGGUGAUCGGAUCGGCCAUAUCAGGACUCGGCUUUAGUAGAAUUAUUUCCUCUUGUCAUUAUAAUAUAG